AUGCUGAAUUUCUGUUCUGGUGGAGAUGUUUAUGCUUACCCAUCUCUGCUCUCUACUCUGCAGCUGUGGUUGACAUUUGCUCCUGUGGCUGAUAAGACAGCUGCUUAUUUCCACAUUUCCCUGGAGAUGGUCAACUGGCUCUCAAUAGUGUACCUCCUCAUCUCGAUCCCAUUUGGUCUGGUGGCAACGUGGGUUCUCGACAGCGUGGGGCUCAGAUGUGCUGUGAUCCUGAGCGCGUGGCUGAACAUGACGGGUAGCAUCAUCCGGAUGUUCAGUGUCCUGAAGUUCCUGAGCUUGGGUUCCCAGAGUUACUGGUACCUGUUUGUUGGGCAAUGCCUUUGUGCACUGGCACAGCCCCUUAUCAUCUUUUCACCAACAAAACUGGCAGCACUGUGGUUCCCAGACCACCAGCGAGCGACAGCAAAUAUGAUCGCAUCAAUGUCCAAUCCCUUGGGUAUUCUUAUAGCAAACGUGCUGUCACCUGUACUAGUUCCUGAAGGAAGGCACAUCCCAUUGAUGCUGGUUGUUUAUGCCGUACCAGCAGUAACAGCCUGUGCUCUAGCAACUCUGGGGAUUCACGAGAAGGUUCCUCCAACGCCUCCUUCGGCCAGUGCCACCAACUCCACCUCUCAGCCAUUCCUCACGGGGCUCAAAAUGCUCCUGAGAAACAAGCCGUACAUCAUCCUGGCAGUGUGCUUUGGAGGAGGAAUUGGGAUGUUCACCUGCUUUUCAGCUCUGCUAGAACAGAUCCUUUGUGAAAAGGGGUAUUCAAAUGAAUUUGCUGGACUGAAUGGUGCACUGUUUACAGUGUGUGGUUUGUUGGGUGCUUUCCUGCUAGGCCUGUAUGUCGACCGGACAAGGAAGUUCAUAGAGUCCACCAAGAUUUGUUUCUGUCUGAGUGCACUUGCCAGCAUCGUGUUCGCAGUGACUUCUCGGUUCAGACAUCAGGCUGUCACGCUGGCCAUCACCAGCUCGCUCUUUGGUUUCUUCGGUUUUGCCAUCUACCCCAUUGCCAUGGAGCUGGCUGUGGAGUGCUCCUACCCCGUGGGAGAAGGCACAUCUACAGGCCUGAUUUUUGUUGCAAGCCAGGUUGAAGGUGUGAUUUUAAUGAUUCUGCUACAAGCCCUCACCGUGCGUGUUUCUGAGGAUCCAUACUCCACCUGUGCCCUUGAUCAGGAUGGAGCCCUGGACUGGACAACUCCGGUACUGGUGCUGGCUGGCCUCUGCAGUGCUAUGGCUUGUUUCUACGUCAUCUUCUUCCACACUGACUACAAGCGGCUCCAUGCUGAGACAAACAGUGGUGAUUUGGUCAAGGCAGAAGAUACAGCAAGAGCAGAUGUUCCUGAAGCCUAA